AUGGCUUACAAUAAAAGUUACAACCCGGACGCGCUGCCAGCCCAUGCCGAACCAGAGCAGGUUGCGCAAAUGAUUGGAUCAAUGCAGGUUGGAAAACCACCAGGUCCAUCCCCAAGUCCACUUCCAUCUCAAAAUCCAAAUCAACGACCUCUUCCAUCCCAAAAACAAAAACCAUUACCUUCUCGCCCGCCCGUUCAACCUCAACCGGGCCCUCCAACCAGUGGCGUCCCCCCUCGCGUUCCUGUUGCUAGUGCUCCCCCGCAGCACAACCCAUACGUCGCUCCUACCCCGCGACCAGAACCUCUCGCCUCCCAGUCUUAUAACGGUCGCUCGUCCACUCAGCCUCAUCCCACACCUACUCCAAACCAAUACCCACCAAACCAAUAUCCCCCGCAAAACCAGCGGCCGCACCCUUUACACCCCUCCCCUCCACCCCAAAACUACGGUUACGGUCCACCACCACAACAGCCUCGCAAUCGACCACCGCCUCAAUCUCGACCUCCCCAAUCACCCAACCCCCCACCACUACCAAUCCCCAGCGAUGAUCCCCAACAACUAUUUCCGCUAUUCCGCGCCGCGAACUCAUCUCACUCCGGCGCAUUAACCGAACACGAACUCGGUUCUGCACUAGUAAACGGGGACUAUACAUCUUUCCAUCCUCGAACAGUGAAGAUGAUGAUUCGCAUGUUUGAUCGCGACGGAAAUGGCAUAAUCAACUUUGAUGAGUUUGUGUCAUUGUGGAAAUAUCUAGCUGCAUGGCGCGAGCUAUUUGAUCGAUUUGACGAAGAUCGCAGCGGGCGCAUCAGUCUGAAUGAGUUUGAAAAUGCGCUGGUCGCAUUUGGAUAUCGGUUAAGUCCGAAAUUUGUCUCGGUGCUUUUCUCUAUCUUUGAGAGUAAGACUAGACAGUUGAAUGCGCCGCCGCGGAGUCCGAGUGGGAUGAGCUUUGAUCUAUUUGUGCAGGCUUGUAUUACGUUGAAGAGGAUGACGGAUGUGUUUAAGCGAUAUGAUGAUGAUCGGGAUGGGUAUAUUACUGUGAGCUUUGAGGAGUUCUUGACCGAAAUUCUUCAACUCCAGGAUUAG